GAAAAUGCAGAACCAAAAGCCACCGGAGAAUUCAAGUUUUGGCUGAAGAAUACUGUGAUGGUGGUGUCGGUUAUUAAUCCCUCCGAGCAUCCGAACCGACCUGUAAGAAUAAUGGAAGAAUCGCCCGACCCACCUUUCGAAGAGACCUACAAGAACCUAUUCGAAAACAUAACCGACACGCCAGAAAAGAAUUUUCCGGAACUUUCUCCCGUCGAGGAAUGCGAUCUUCCUCUAAUCGAUCUCGACCGUCUAAACUUAGGCGGCCGCGAGGCCCGAGCAUGCAAGAAGCAGAUUGCAAAGGCAUCGCGCGAGUGGGGGUUUUUCCAAGUGGUGAAUCACGGGAUUUCGCGCGAGAUACUCGAUAAGAUGAGGGACGAGCAAAUGAAGUUGUUCAAAAGACCGUUUCGCGAGAAGAAAACGGGUUGCAAGGAUUUGAAGUUCUCGGCCGGGAGCUAUCGGUGGGGAACUCCAUUCGCCACGUGUCUAAAGCAUCUCUCGUGGUCGGAAGCUUUUCACGUCUCUUUUAUCAUGGAGCAAGUCGCUUUAACGGUAUCGAAAUUAUCGCAAGAACUGGUGGAUAUAUUAGCAGAUGAAUUGGGUAAGAGUUCCAGAUUUUUUAAAGAAACAUGCUUGCCGGACACAUGUUACCUUCGAUUAAACCGAUAUCCGGUUUGUCCUAUUUAUCCGAAAAUGUUUGGAAUAAUGCCACAUACCGAUAGCGACUUCAUCACCGUACUACAUCAAGACCACGUUGGAGGUCUGCAAUUAGUAAGAGACGGAAAAUGGUUUGCUGUUAAACCUAAUCAAGAUGCCUUAAUCAUCAAUAUUGGAGAUUUGUUUCAGGCAUGGAGCAACAAUGUGUACAAAAGUGUCGAACAUCGUGUUGUGGCAAACCCGUUACACGAGAGGUUCUCCACAGCGUAUUUCUUUUGCCCAUCUUACGACACUCUUAUACAGAGCGAAAUCGAGCCUCGUGUUUAUAGAAGCUUUAGCUUCGGCGAGUACAGAAAGCAAGUCCAAGAAGAUGUUAAGGUAUUCGGACACAAAAUCGGGCUGCCU